GUGUACCAGAUGGCUGCCAAAGAGGGCAAGGAAAGGGGCUAUGAUGAGUGCCUAAACACUGAAGAACCUGGAGGGAGAGGUCACAGCAGGUUACGGCGACCCUCUCGGGUUCACAGCUCUGGGACAGAAGAGGGGGUGGCAAUGAAUGGAGCCAGUUCUCAAAGUCCACAUCACAACACACCUGCUCGUCACAGCAUAGGUGGAGUUCCCAGCAGUAAUCAGGAGUACCCAGGGGUUUCUGGAGCUUCGAGCCGCUCUGCCACUCCCAUCCAUCUCCCUGCUGAAUUCUUCCACCCAGCUGCUGCGGCCCUCCCGGCACCCCCGAGAGGCCGACCGGGACACAAACCAAGAGGGCUCCGGCUAACUUCCCCAGCCUCAUGGGCAUCUCUACGCUCUCCUGGAGCAAACACCAGGCUGCUCACCACACAGUAUCCAUCUCACAGUGACUCCUCCCUGGCUACGGGCAGCUCAGAGAGCAGCCUACCAACCACCAUGGAAGAAGGGCUCAGUUUCAGCACCCAGCCACUGCUGGACACACUCCUUGACGAUCGCUCCAGCCUCUCCACAAAGACCCUGAGACCCAGCCCUCCAGCCACCCAGAACCUCCAAACUAUGAGGGGGCACCAGCGCAGCAAGAGCAGUUGUGAAAGGGACAUUAAUGCAGGAGGAACUCGGCAAGACUCCGAUGAGGAUGUAGGGAUGGUACGGUGCAGUUCUAACCAGACGUGCGACAGCCAGCAGCUCUCAGAGACACCGAGCAGCCUGUCGCUCACAUCGCUGCUUCUGCCGAGCUCUGUAGCGCCCCCGUCUGUGAAAAAGUGCAACAGCACGGGUAGCUUAGACCAGGGGACUCUCACAACCCAAGAAAGUGUGUUCAUAAAAGAGCCACAGGGUAAAAUCACCUGCCCCUGGAAAGAAGGAAGAAGAGAGAGUCAGUCGGAGGCAGCACAAGGAAAAGACGGGGAAAGGAGCAGUUUGACAUGUGGAAUUCCAUCUUAA